AUGUGUAUUCAAAAUUGUUUGAAAGACCAUUCUAUUCCACUAGACAAUUUUGUAGGAUUUUCUUCAAACACUACUAAUGUAAUGGUUGGAAAAAAACAUUCAGUUUUUUCCUUAUUAAAAGACCAAAAUCCAGCUAUUGUUUGUGUCAAAUGUAGUUGCCAUUCGAUACAUUUAGCCGCUUCUAAGGCAUGUUUGAAGCUACCUAGAUCUGUAGAGGAUCUUUUAAGAGACUUAGGUGCUCAUUUCAGCAGAAGUUUUGCAAGGAAAUGUGCCCUAAUUGAAUUUCAGAAGUAUUUUCAAACCGAAAUCCAUUCAAUUUUAAAACCUUCCAAUACUCGCUGGCUUUCAUUAAAGUCAUGUGUUGAUCGAGUUUUGGAACAAUACCCAGCAUUAGAAGCCUAG